AUGCCUUCACGCAAGCCCAGCAAGUAUGGAAACAAGUUCAGAUCGAGCGCUGCAUCGUCCAAACCCCGUCGCGCGAAAACGGUCGAAUUCAACUCGCUACGCUCCACCGAGGCCACAUCCCAAGAUGAGAAAUUCGAAGCCAUUAGGUUGGCCAACAGCAUCGAUGAGACACUGGGCUUCCCCCGGUUUGAGUCUGGUGAGGCGCGAGCCGGUUGGUUGGUCAAUAUGCACAGCACCUCGAUAGAGGACUCCAAUGUGCCUGGCGGCCGUGCCGGAGUGGACUAUUACUUCCUGCAGGAUGACGGGACAAGCUUCAAAGCGACAGUGGAACACGACCCAUAUUUCCUGAUCGCAGUCAAGAAAGGCUACGAGACCGAAGUUGAGGAAUGGUGCCGGCGGUCCUUCGAAGAUAUGAUCAAGAAGUUUGCGCGACUCGAGAAAGAGGACCUCAACCUACCCAACCAUCUGCUUGGAUAUCGCAAAACAUACAUCAAGCUGAGCUUCGCCAACGUGAGCAACCUGUUGGAGGUCAGGCGGACGAUUUUGCCCUUGGCGGAGAAAAAUAAGAAGAACGAGAGUGCGAUGGACGCCUAUGUUGAGAUGACCAGUGCGACUGCUGGUAUCGAUCUUUUCGACGAUGAGAUAAUUAAUGAGCAACGACCUAAUGGCAACAUACAAGCGAGUGAUUUUAUUGUGGAUAUUCGAGAAUACGACGUGCCGUACCAUGUUCGUGUAUGCAUUGAUAAAGAUAUCCGAAUCGGAAAAUGGUACAAUGUCAAAGCAGAUCAUGGGGUGGUAUCCCUGACUUGCCUAGAGGAUAGGCUUCAGCGUGCCGAUCCCGUUGUUCUCGCUUUCGAUAUUGAGACCACGAAGUUGCCUUUGAAAUUCCCAGAUGCUGCAUUUGAUCAAAUUAUGAUGAUUUCAUAUAUGAUUGAUGGGCAAGGAUUCCUCAUCACGAACAGAGAGAUCGUUUCCGAGGACAUCAACGACUUCGAAUAUACCCCCAAACCUGAGUACAACGGUCCGUUCAUCAUUUUCAACGAAGCCAACGAAAGAGCCGUCCUUGAACGAUUCUUUGAGCAUGUGAAAAUCGCAAAGCCGACUGUCAUUGCAACAUACAACGGUGAUUUCUUCGAUUGGCCUUUCGUGGAGACACGAGCCAGUGUCAACGGUCUUGAUAUGUACAUGGAGAUCGGCUUCCGGAGAAACAGCGAAGACAUCUACAUAGCCGACAACUGUGUGCACAUGGAUUGUUUCGCGUGGGUUAACCGUGAUAGUUACCUUCCCCAGGGAAGUCGUGGUUUGAAGGCCGUGACUGUUGCAAAGCUGGGUUACGACCCCGACGAACUCGACCCUGAGCUUAUGACACCGUACGCCAGUGAGCGGCCGCAGACCUUGGCCGAAUACUCAGUUUCCGACGCUGUUGCCACCUACUAUCUGUACAUGAAAUAUGUCCACCCUUUCAUCUUCUCGCUCUGUACAAUCAUUCCCCUCAACCCAGACGAAACGCUGCGCAAAGGAACGGGAACACUGUGUGAGAUGCUUCUCAUGGUUCAAGCCUACCAACAUGAGAUUGUAUUGCCCAAUAAGCACAAGGACCCUCCUGAGGCCUUUUACGAAGGUCACCUCCUCGAAUCGGAGACGUAUGUUGGUGGUCACGUCGAGAGUAUCGAGGCUGGUGUUUUCCGCAGUGAUAUCCCCACGCACUUCACCGUCGACCCAACCGCAAUUGACGAACUUCUCAAAGACCUUGACCAUGCACUGAAGUUCAGUAUCGAGGUCGAGGAGAAGAAAUCGAUGGAUGACAUCGCAAACUACGACGAAGUCCAAGCCCAGAUUGCGGAGCGUCUAUUGGAUCUGAAGAAUAACCCGAAACGACACGAAGUCCCCUUCAUCUAUCACUUGGACGUUGCCUCCAUGUACCCCAACAUCAUGAUUACCAACCGAUUGCAACCAGAUUCAUUGAUCGACGAAUCCAACUGUGCCGCUUGCGAUUUCAACCGGCCCGGCAAGACCUGUGAUAGACGCAUGCCCUGGGCCUGGCGAGGCGAGUUCCUGCCCGCCAAACGUGACGAGUAUAACAUGAUUCGACGUGCAACCGCGAACGAAAAAUUCCCAGGCCGUUUCAAAAACUCACCAAUGAGAUCGUUUGGUGAAUUGAGCAUUGAAGAACAAGCUGGAGUGGUGAAGAAAAGGCUACAAGACUACAGUAAGAAGAUCUACCACAAGAUCCACGACAGCAAGACGAUGGAACGCGAGGCUAUCAUUUGCCAAAGAGAGAACCCCUUCUACGUCGACACUGUUCGAGACUUCCGUGACCGUCGUUAUGACUUCAAGGGCAAGCAGAAAGUCUGGAAGAACAAGACCGAUAGCUUGCAGUCAUCAGGCGCUUCCGCAGCCGAAAUCGAGGAAGCCAAGAAGAUGAUCGUGUUGUAUGAUUCUCUACAACUCGCGCACAAAGUCAUUCUCAACAGUUUCUACGGUUACGUGAUGCGAAAGGGCUCACGGUGGUACUCCAUGGAAAUGGCCGGUGUUACCUGUCUCACGGGUGCCCAUAUCAUUCAAAUGGCGAGAGAGCUGGUGGAGCGCAUCGGCCGUCCGUUGGAGCUGGAUACUGACGGUAUUUGGUGUAUGCUUCCCGGAGGCUUCCCUGACGAAUUCAAAUUCACUUUGAAGAAUGGGAAGAAAUUGGGCAUCUCGUAUCCCUGUGUCAUGCUCAACCACCUGGUGCACGCCAGGUAUACCAACCAUCAGUACCAGGCGCUGGUGGACCCAAAGACAUACAAGUACGAGACUCACAGCGAAAACUCCAUCUUCUUCGAGGUGGAUGGACCCUACCGGGCAAUGAUCCUGCCGACCUCCAAAGAAGAAGAUAAGAACUUGAAAAAGCGUUAUGCGGUCUUCAACCACGAUGGUUCACUGGCUGAACUCAAGGGAUUCGAGGUCAAGCGAAGAGGAGAGUUGAAAUUGAUCAAAAUCUUCCAGACGCAAAUCUUCAAGUUCUUCCUGGAAGGCUCCAAUCUUGCGGAAACAUAUGCUGCCGUAGCCCGAGUUGCGGACCGAUGGCUAGAUGUUCUGUACGAGAAAGGUUCGACUUUGGCCGACGAAGAGUUGAUCGAUCUCAUUUCCGAAAACCGAAGCAUGUCCAAAACCCUGGAGGAGUACGGCAAACAGAAAUCCACAUCCAUCACCACCGCUCGACGACUUGCAGAGUUCUUGGGCGAGCAGAUGGUCAAGGACAAGGGAUUGAACUGCAAGUACAUUAUCUCGUCCCGACCACGCAACACCCCUGUCACCGAACGAGCCAUUCCAGUCGCCAUUUUCUCAGCUGAGCCGGCAAUCAAGCGUUUCUUCUUGCGUAAAUGGCUGAAGGAAGAUCCUAGCGACAUGGAUCCUCGAACUGUCAUCGAUUGGGACUAUUACUUGGAGCGUUUGGGCUCUGUGAUCCAGAAGUUGAUCACCAUUCCAGCCGCGCUCCAAAAGCUCCGAAACCCUGUGCCCCGUGUUGCUCAUCCUGACUGGCUGCAGCGCCGAAUUGACACCAAGGAUGAUAAGUUCAAGCAGAAGAAGAUGACUGAUCUAUUCACAAAGUCCGAAAAGACACCGCUUUCUUCCACCAAUGCCAACAUUCUGGAUCACCGUGUCCAGCAUGCGGGUGACAUGGACGAAGCAAUUGCAAGCUCCACUCAAUUGGCCAAGUCGCCCAAUAACAAGGUCUCGCAAAAGAGAAAGCAUCCCGAGAAUGUUUCAAAGACGGCUCUAGACCCCUUCGCCAGCUUGCCAGCAGUUAUGCCAUCGAUGUCAGAAAACUACGAAGGGUUCCUCAAGUACCAGAAGCAAAAAUGGAAGAUCCAGAAACAGGCACGUAUCCGCCGCCGCCAACUGUUUGGCGAGCGAACGAACGUCGCUUCUGACUCCCUGAGUAACUUCUUCCGCAAUCAAGCCCAGAUGCUGUACAUCAGCACAUGGCAGGUCCUGCAGCUCUGCGAGACUGGCAUGCCGGGUGUUGUACGAGCUUUCGUGCUGAUCGAUCAAAAGAUCCACGCUCUAAGCGUCAAGGUGCCGCGGCAGUUCUUCUUGAACUUAAAACGGGACUCUCUUCCUGACGUUGACGUGCCGGACUGUGAUGUUGAGAAGGUCAAUCACACCCUGCCUAAUGGGCAUCCUUCAGUCCACUUGUUCAAGCUUUCCUUGCCAGAAGAAAAAUAUCUGGAGGAAGCUGACAAGAUGGAUAUCCUUUUCCAGCACCCCAGUGUCGAGGGUGUUUACGAAGGGAACAUCCCUCUCAGCACUCGAGCUGUGCUCAAACUGGGAAGCCACUGCACUUUCGACGAAAACCAGCGUGGUGUGCUCGGUGAUGGACUGGACAAAGGAUUCGAUCUCUCGACCUUACUCCACGCCACAUCUGACCAGCCCUAUCUCACGAACUCUUCAUUGGUCUUCCACUACCUCUAUCACAUCGUCUCGGGCGAUAGACAGGUCUUUGCAUUGUUCUCGACAUCCAAGAGCGAGGCGCAUGUCAUCAUACUUAAUCGUACGAGGGAUGUACAGGGUCUGCCAAACGUGGACAAGAUCUACACUGAACUGCUCGCCCGCAAAGUGCAAUCCUCAUCAGGCGAUGAGUCUUUGAACGCAUUUGAGUACCCAGACAAGAUCCACUUCAAGACCACACAGGUAAUGACGCGGAGGAAAGCCCAUCUCGAGGUGGGUGAUAUGAUUAGGAAACUUCGGAGUGACGAGAGCCGCCCCGCCGUUCUCGUCAUUCAAUCUCAACAAAAAGACCGACUCUGUCAUGACAUCCCGAUACUGAAGGAAUACCCAGUCCUAUCAGUCAAGCCUGAAGCAUCGGACAUGGAACUCCCGCCUCUGGGCUGGCAGGCAUUUGUUGCUAGACGUUUAGUCACGCGCUAUCUGUACCUUUCCUCCUGGAUUCAGCACUUGACAAUGCUCGCUCGGUAUGGCGAUGUCCCGCUUUGCAACUUGGAAAGUGAGGAUCCGCGGUACCUCAUUGAUAUCUCGUAUGCCAGACGACUUCAGUCAAAUAAUGUUGUGCUAUGGUGGUCCUCGGGCCCCCGUCCUGACCAUGCGGGCUACGAGAGGGAUGAUAUCCUGGGCACUUUGGACAAGGUCAACAUGCCAUCGGUCAACGUGCCAGGUGCUUACUCCACAGUCUGCAUUGAGCUUGAGGUUCGAAACCUCUCAAUUAACACAAUCCUGACAUCCUCUAUCAUCAACGAGAUGGAUGGCAGUGACACGUUACUGGCACCUUCCGGGGACGGAGAAGACACUGGCGUGUUCUAUUCAGAAAAGGCGUUCGCCUCUGCCGGUGUUGUGGUACUCCGAGAAAUGGUCAAGCACUGGUGGACAGAAGCCUGCGCCGGUAACAACAUGGCUGAUAUUAUGGUUCAACAUUUGAUCCGAUGGGUAGAAAGCCCUGUAUCCUGUCUUUACGAUCGGUCUCUGCACAACUACGUGCGCCUUCUCUCGCGAAAAUCGUUCCAGAGGCUCAUGGCCGAGUUCAGACGUGUUGGCUCGCAUGUCAUCUUUGCCAGCCCUACGCGCCUACUUCUUCAAACCACCAAGACAGAGGUUGGCAACGCGUUCGCGUACAGUCAGUACGUUUUGAAAUCCAUACGCGCCAACCCUUCGUUCCACUUCAUCGACUUGGAGAUCAAGGAGUACUGGGACUACCUUGUCUGGUACGAUGAGUACAACUACGGAGGCAAGGGCUGCCAGGAGGUCACCGAAGCCGAUGAGCAAAAUCUCGAAACAGCGAUGCACUGGCAGCUCAGUCGCUUCCUUCCCAUGCCCAUGCAGACCAUCUUCCACGACUGGACAGUCGAGUACAUCGAACUCAUGCAUGCGCUGAAGCGACCAGAACUUCCCGAUGGUGAAAUCUCAUCCACACCACGUCCGACGCAAAUUCCCAUCGGGCGCACCAACGAAGGAGACGAUGAAGAAGUGACCGCAGUACUCGCAGAUCGCUUCUCGAAGCCGCUCAAGAAGCAAAUUUCGGGAUUGAUCCGAAGACAGCGCGACGAGAUGCUUCAUCCCGAACUUGCCUCUGAUUACGCUUUCCCUGUCUUGCCCGGUGUCUUGGUCAAUUCUCAGGACAAACGCAAUCCUUCACUCGAGCUGACGAAGCUGCUCAUGCAAGUUCUGAGUUUGUCGAAGACCACAACCCUGGAAACCCGGUUGCUGCGACGUGAGCUCCUCGCACUCUUUGAAGUUCGAGAGUUCAGCAAAGAAGGUCGCUUUGAGAACCCCACUGCCAGCUUGAAACUCCCUGAAAUGUCGUGCAACUCCUGCUGUCUCAUUCGAGACCUGGACCUUUGUCGUGACGAGGACGUGCUACCCGAUGCUACUUCUGACACUGCCAACUCUGCCCAGCCCUGGCGAUGCCCCUUCUGCCAGGCCGAGUAUGAUCGGUUGGCUACUGAAGAGUUCCUCAUUGGCCAAGUCCAUGGCUUUGUGGUUGAGUGGCAGACUCAGGAUCUCAAGUGUGCCAAGUGCGGUAAUCUUCAGAUGAGCGAGUUCCUUGAACACUGCUCCUGCAGUGGAACCUGGGCCCCUACUGUUGAUCGCAAGGAGAUCGAAAAGAAGCUGCAAGUGUUGGACAGUGUGGCCAAGUUCCAUAAGCUGCAAUUGCUUGAGAAUAUUGUGGGUGGCGUGCUCGAGCGAUUCUGA